AUGAAAUUCUCUUUCGUCUACACUGUCAUCCUGUCUGCCUUCAAUGGUUCAAAUGUUCUUCUAAGGAACCAGACUGCCAUUUAUGAAUUCCUUUUUAAGGAGGGAGUCAUGGUGGCCGAGAAGGAUGUCCACAUGCCUAAGCACCCAGAGCUGGCAAACAAGAACGUGCCCAACCUUCAUGUCACGAAGGCCAUGCAGUCUCUCAAGUCUCAAGGCUACGUGAAGGAACACUUUGCCUGGAGACAUUUCUACUGGUACCUUACCAAUGAGGGUAUCCAGUAUCUCCGGGAUUACCUUCAUCUGCCCCCGGAGAUUGUACCUGCCACCCUACACCAUAGCCGUCCAGAGACCGGCAGGCCUCGGCCUAAAAGUCUGGAGGGUGAGUGACCCGCGAGACUCACGAGAGGGGAAGCUGACAGAGAUACCUACAGAUGGAGUGCU